UCUCCCCUCCUUUCCUCCACCCUCACCCCCCUCCAGGCCAGGAGUGUUUCAACUCUCGCUCCCUGGCCCUCCAGGCACAGAAGAAGAUCCUAUCCAAGAUGGCGACCAUGGCGGUGGCCAACCUCCUGACGGACGACGUCAGCAGUGAGAUCCUGGACGAGCUGUACAAGGCCAGCCGGGAGUUCACCAAGAGUAAGAAGGAGGCCCACAAGAUUGUCAAAGACGUCAUCAAGAUCGCCCUGAAGAUCGGCAUCCUGUACCGCAACCACCAGUUCAGCCCGGACGAACUGGACACGGUCGAACGCUUCAAGAAGAAGAUGAACCAGGCGGCCAUGACGGCGGUCAGUUUCUACGAGGUGGACUACACGUUCGACCACCGCAUUCUGUCAGAGUUGCUGCUGGAAUGCCGGGAUCUUCUGCAUGCGCUGGUGGAGCAGCACCUGACCCUGCGGUCGCACACUCGCAUCGACCACGUGUUCAACCACUUUGCCCACGGGGAGUUCCUGGCCGAGCUGUACGGAGACGGAGAGGAGUACAGACUGUACCUGAGGAAGAUCUGCAACGGGAUCAACAAACUGCUGGACGAGGGAACGCUUUAACCUCUGACCCCUGAUCUCUUACCUCUCAACUUUGACCUGACAUUUGACCCUGCUCCUCCCUUCCUAUUACUCAAUCUCCAUGGUUGCGGCUCAAUAAUCCCCCCAUUCCCAUGAAGUGUGCACUUGUUCACUUCCCUUCAUGGAUUUGAAAGGAAAUGAUUGGUAUAUGGAACCUCCUUGUAGCCCAUACCUACACUAAUCCAAUAUUUUUACAUUAGUUGGAGUAGCAAAUGAGUGCACACUUCAGGAAGAAGGAGAUAUUAUUGGGACACACUCCUCCUCUUCCUCCGGUCUCUCUACGGAUCUGCUUUCCCUCCUCUUCUCAUUCCUUCUCUUUUUUUAAAUCCGCUCCUGAUCUGUUCUGUUCUACCUUUAACCUUAUUUUUCCUCCUGUUCUCCCACUUCCUCCUCUCUUUUCUCUCUUCCUGUUCUCCCACUUCCUCCUCUCUUUUCUCUC